CAGCGAUGGCAACACAAGGAGAUAUUCCAGAUGAGCUUCUAUGUAAGCUAGCUGAAGACAUCGAGACCGGUGAACAGAUGGGGGCCUUGGGACGAACACUAGGAUUCAACACUGCAGCCAUCAAUAGAUACGCAGAGACCAGCAGACUGGAAGGACGGGUCACGUGUAAGGGAACACGUGACAUGCUGUUUGACUGGAGACAGAGAGUGGAGCAAUCCAAUCAGCAUCCUAGGCUGAAGCAAGCACUUAUUGAUGCUAAUCUAGUCAGGCUUGCUGAAACUUAUCUUAGAGAGACGAUAGCUACCCAAGAUACCUACAGUAAGAAGAUAUCGGAAUCUCUGACUGUUCGAAAAUGUCGCACAAUCUUGGAGGACAAAUAUUCGAACCAGCUAUGUAAAAUUCAAAUGAAACCUUGGGACAAAGAUGAUUAUGCAGAGUUUGAAGAUAUGCACACCGUUGUUACCAUGGUAAAGAAGGACGGUCGUGGGAGAGAUAUUAAGGAAAAGGAAAUACUGCAAGGCUCUGCAGGAAAAAUAUUUUCAGCCAAAGUUAACGGAAAAUUUCCAUCUCGAAUCCUUAUUUCGGCUCCCGCUGGACGAGGAAAGACGACAGCUGUUGCUAAGAUGGCGCACGACUGGGUUCACAGAGAAGAUGGCUCAGGAUUAGAGGACUUGCCACUGCUGUUUGUUGUCAAGUUUCGAAACACAAGCCAUAGUACAUCGAUCGGAGAAGCCAUCAUAUCACAACUCCUGAGUGAUGUUGACGAUCUGACGCCAGAGGGGCUAGAAAGUUUCAUCAGGCAGCAUCAGGGAAUCUGUCAUAUUGUACUAGAUGGGCUCGAUGAGUAUGCUGGUAUCUCCUCCUCAAGCAAUAUCAUGAGCAUUCUCCGAUGGGAAAUGUUUCAACAAUGUCGAGUUCUUGUAACAUCACGACCUCACUUAGAAAACAUUUUCAGUCAAGGGGAUCUACCAAGGGUAUACACGAAGAUGGAGAUCGAAGGAUUCUCCAAAGAGAGCUCAUGUGAUUACAUUGACAGGUUCUUUUCUUCCCGGAUUCAGAAACCAAUGAAAGCAGAUGGUCUGAAGUUUUACUUCGAGACAAAUCCACUGAUAGAGGAACUAGUAAAAACACCACUAUUCUGCCUCAUGGUAUGUCACUUAUGGUCUGUAGAUCGUCUUGACAGUGAGACAUCGACUCAAACAGCAUUACUCGACAAAGUAAACGUGUUUUUAAGCCACCACGCAAAUGAACGGACCGAUGGGUUAUUCACACCUGAAACCCUGGACGAAAUAAUCCACAAACUGGGUAAAGUUUCUCUCACUGGUCUACUUGCUGAUUCUAAGAAGUUGGUAUUUACCCCUCGUGAUUUUCAGAAGAUUCCAUCUGUCCUCGAUAAGGCAUGUCAGUUAGGGAUAGUAUCCAAGACAACUGUAUCAAGCGAACACCUUCCUCAAACUAACGAAACUCAUUCUACUACUAUAGAAUUUUAUCACAAACUUGCCCAAGAACAUGCAGCCGGGAAGUUCCUAGCUCAUAAAACAAGUCGUUUGAAGCUGAAUUUGAAGAUUUCUAAGUUAGACCAAGUGUUGCGAAAGAUGAAAAGAGAUGUUGGUGAAUAUGAAAAUCUCAUUCGUUUUGCUGCUGGCACAAAGAACAGACUCUGUAUUCGAAUAAUGGAGACGCUUCUGACAAAUAGUUAUUUAUACGAGAGUGAGCGUUAUCGUAUUCUCUUAGACUGUUCAUCAGAGUCUGGGGUUAGCGAUGGGAAUGUGUCAUCCUUGGUUCGAAGGUGUGUGACGUCACAAAAUAUGCUUUUGCAAUCGCCAACAGUGUAUACUGUAGUUGGGAUGCGAAAUCUUCCAAGAGAACUGAAACAAAAGGUAUUAUAAUGUUAGAUAAUUGCUAGAGAAAUAAAUUCAUAUAAUCCAUCAUGUUGUAUUUCAUAAAUAUUUGCUUUCUUUUGUUAUACCAAAUCACAUGAUAUUAAUCGAUAAUCGUUUAAGAUAACAGCAGUAGAAUAUAAUCCAUUGAUGAAUAAGUAUCGGCCGCGCAGAAACGUUGUUCCCGACCUUUCGUUCGAGACCGCAAACGCCUAUUUACAACGGUGGUUGAUUUUGGAAGAGACUUUUGGGCCCGUCGUCAUGGUCGUAAAACUCUGUCCUGCAAUGCAAAUUGUGUGACAUGAGAUUUUUUUUCAUUUUGCAUCUGGUACGGAAACAUUCAAUCGGCGUUCCGUGUGCAAAAUUCUGGUUGCUACUAUGGUAACAGCGAUAUAUCCGAUUUAGGACGACUUAUCAGAGCCGCAUUUGAUUCCGCCCAUAGAUCGAGAGGCCGCCCGGGGGGCCACUUCCAUUGAAGAGUGGAUACCAGGCGCGACCACGCGUAAAAAGGGAAAGAGUGGGCAAGUACGUUACGUAUAGGCCUAUGUAACGUUAUAAGGGUGCCAAAAACGAUGUUUACAAUACUGAAAAGGAUAUAUAUUUCCAAUACUUGUAGGGUUUUACAAGCUAAAUACUUGUUAAGAGAUGCAUUUUCAUAAUCUGGAAAAGACUUGCUUCCCUUGUUUAGGGUGAUUUCGAAACCCCAUGGUCGCGCCUGGUAUCAACUUAUCAAUGGAAGUGGUCCCCCGGGAAUUUGAACGCAAUCCCCCAUUUCUGGGGAAAGUAAAACGUAACGCCCAUUACAUUGUGUGCUAGAGGCAUAUCGUUUGUGUACGAGUAAGCAAAAAAAAAAAAAAAAAAAACGCAAAUUUGGCUUGUAUUUAGACGUAUAUAUGUUUAGGCCUAUUGCCUAUGCCGUGUACUUAUCAACGGUUUCGGCUGGAGAGGUGAUCUGACCCAUGGAAUCAAUUGCCAGUGAUCCACCAAUAAUCCACAUUUAAUGCAAUAUCGAUUCGAUGGACUGUAUUGAUCUAUAUCUAAGCCUUAAUUCAGUAACUUCAUUGGUUAAUUCAGUAACUUCAUUCCUCACUCAAUAUGUACUCGAUUUUUUCGAAAAACCACUUUCUUAUCCAUAUGUCAUAAUCUAUACGAUAAUGACUAUCAGUCGUAAUGUACAUGCAUGUAUGGUGCGGGUGUCGCGGGAAAGAAUUUUGCACACGAAAAGCAGAUCUGUAUGGCCUGUAACCCCCCUGUAACACAAAGCUUAGCAAUGAUUGUAGAGCAGUUUUCUACGUUUGAUUCUAUUGACUAUAAUGUACAAUCAAUCUUAAAAAUCAAGUGUAUGAUUAAGCGUCAACUGUUGUGUUAGAGGACCCUAAUAUUAGCGUCCGUGAGGUUUGCGAAAGGUUCCAGUUAGCGCUAACAGAGCAUUUGUCGCUCAUAGCCCUGUUAGCGAGGUAUUGCCCGCACAGGAGCAGGAUGUUAGCCAAAUCACUAGCUAGCACUGUUAGACUAAUAUUACAAGACCGCACAGAAGCUGACAUUAGCGCUAAUGUUUGAACUAUCCACUAACAGUGCCAAGGGCAGCGAUAGUGCUAAUGCUAAAGGGACGGUCCGCGGCUAAAAAUAUUUAUAUCUAAAACAUAGAGUAAAAUUCACAGAGCAAAAUGCUGAAAAUUUCAUCAGAAUCGGAUAACAAGUGACGAAGUUAUUGAAUUUUUAAGUUUAUCAAUAUUUUGUGAAAACAGUAUAUAUGCACAUCGUCAUGAAUAUUCAUUAGGUGGGCUGUUGAUGUGACAUCCCAACUUUCUUUUUUUAUGUUAUUACAUGAAAUCAUAAAUAUUUCAUUAUUUCAUACAUGUGUAAAUGAUGUGUCUCCAUUAUGAUGAAAUAAGUUGCAGCAAUUAAUAAGUAAUGCAUUUAAUCAGUUGUCAAUCCAAUUAAUUUAGCUCUUGGUAGAAAAUGAUUGAAUAAACCUAAUUUCAUAUAAUGAAAUAUAUACAAAAGAAAAAGUGGGGAUAUGACAUCAUCAGCCCACGUAAUGAAUAUUCAUAAAGACAUGCCUAUUGUUUCACCAGAUAAUGAAAAUCUUUACAAUUCAAUAGCUUCGUUAUUUGUUAUCCGAUUUUAAUCAAAUUUUCGAUAUAUAGCCUGGACUAUCCGUUUAAUGAAAAUCUCUUGCGUUUCUUGCGUAAAACUUGUCUCCUUUUUUAUAUCAAGUGCUUAAGAAUAGACCUAGAUCGAGUUAAAAUGACAUUUCAGCCCAGGGGCGGAUUCAGUUUCUUCCAAAAGGGGGCACAUUUUCCCGAGAAAAAGCUUGGCAAGCAAUAAAGAAGGGGGGUUACAUCUAACAUUUAAGGUAUUAUUGUCCCAACAAAAAUUUGCUAGCAAAAAAAAGUCCUUAAUCGCUUCAAAGGGGGAGGGGCACACUUCGGUAAAAAUGGCUGGCAUGUUCACACUUAAAAUUUUGAUCAUUACUUUGGAUCCGCCAGUGAUCCAGCCCCCAGUGCAUAUGAGAGUAAACAUAAUUAAAUUAGAUGAGAAGACAGUAAUUUCAAUCAAUAACAUAAUUCUUCAAUGGAAAAUAAUGAAGAAAGAUGAACUGAAUGAAGUGAACACUGUACAGUAUUUUAGAAAACAUUGAUGACUAUCCAUGCCACAAUGAAUAUCCUAGAAUGGAAUUACGAAGUCAAGUCCCUUUUUCAUUUGUUUCAUGAUUGUUAUUAUUACUGUUGUUAUUACCUUUUCAUUACCUUGUUUUCCCCCAUUAAGUAUACCAAUGAUAUGUAGAUGUUGAGAUUAUUUUUGUGAUUGCAAAA